AUGUUAAAGAAUUGAAGAAAAAAAUCAGCGGUUUGAAAAGCAAGUACAAAACGGAGCUCAGAACUGUUACAAAACAUCCUGGUGGAUACGAGUCGACAUGGCCACACUACAACAGUUUUGAGUUUUUAAAAGAGAUAACGCUCAAAUUGAUUCAGGAACACCCUGACCCUGAUAUCAACACGGGUGAGGAUGAAUGUCCCUCACCAGGCCCAUAUUUGGAUGAAACGCCAAAAAAGAAGAUGCCAUUGGAUGGCAGUCUGAGCACAUCACCGUCUCCAUCGUCUCGUUGGAUGAGGUUGGGGAACUUUGUUGUCGAGACUCUAGACAGCCUUGAGCCUGAUGCUGCUGCUGAGGCAGCAAGUAAGAUCUCGGAGAUCGCUACCAAAUACACAGCAAAAGCCAAAAAAGUUUAGUUUUGAUAUACAUGUACUGUCAACUCUCGGUACAGUAGUACAGUAGUACAUACUCCAGAUUUGUCUGUUCCCAUAGUUUUAUGCAAGAACAAUUCUGAAAUUAUGCAAACUGAGGCAAAAAAUGUGAAAUUAUGCGAUUCUGUUAAUUUCAA